AUGUCGACCCUCGACAGUGCCCCUCGAAAGAGCGGCAGUCGCAAAUUGCAGAAGCGGAACAGGCCGAACCGAAUGCCUUCAUCCAGAAUGCCUGCCAGACUCAAAUUGGGCGACGAUGCUCAGGACGAUGUCACCGCCCCAGAUCGAGGCUCUCAAGCCGCCUCGCAGUACAUGAACAUGAACCAGUCUAUAUUCUCCAUGAUCGCAGCCGCGGGUUCCAAAACAGAUUUCAACACUCGCUUUGAUGACUCCAGUGACAGUGAGGAGGACAUACAAGAAGAAGAUGAGGUCGCAUACGAACAGCACGAGACCCAGGACUCGACUACGGCCGCGCCCUCAAAGUCUCAGGACGCAGGCAGUGAAAGUACUGCACUAAAAAAGAAGAAACGGCUGUCAGACAAUAAAUUGAUGCAGUCGCUGCCUAAAUUGUCCUUGAGGCCUCACUCACGGAGAAAGCCAUCCUCUCACAACAGCCCCUCCCCUUCGAGCGAUGGAACUACCAAAAGCUCCAAGAGCAAUCCCCGAGAAGCCCCUGUUAUGAGCCGGCUGCUCACCGCCGAGGCCGCGCUUGAGGCCGCUGAUGAAGAAGAAAUGCUCGCAUCCGGCCAGAAGUCGACUCGAGCCCGCGGCGACUCGUCACCCGCGACUCUCCUGGCCAGCAGAUUGAUGGACAUUUUCGGUUUCGAAAAGCCCGAGACUGUGGUUGCCGAGUAUCAAGCCUGGUUGCUGCAGAGUGUGCUCUUGCAGGGAUAUCUCUACAUCACCAAAUACCACAUCUGUUUCUACGCUUAUCUACCCAAGAAGUCCAACUCUGUUGCGAAGAACGGCUAUCUGUCGAAGCGAGGGAAAUCCAAUCUGAAGUACAAUCGGUAUUGGUUCAUUCUUAAAGGCGAUGUGCUAUCCUACUACGCAGAUCCGUCAGCCCAGUACUUCCCCCAGGGAAAUAUCGACCUACGUUACGGCAUAUCUGCUGCACUCUCCGCCGACAAGGACAAGCAGAAGGACUGCAAAGAUUUUUCUAUCACAACUGAUCACCGUACCUACGACUUCCGCGCCGACACCGCAGAGAGCGCCAAAGAAUGGGUCAAGUCUCUUCAGAGAACCAUUUUCCGCUCUCACAAUGACGGUGAUAGCGUCAAGAUCUCCUUGCCAAUUCAGAAUGUCAUAGAUGUCGAGGAGAGCCCGGUCGUGCAAUUGGCUCAUACCAUCAAGGUCCGGGUGAUCGAGAACGAUGCCUCCUACGCAAUCGACGACUACUAUUUCUCAUUCUUCAACAACGGCCCUGACGUGCUCAAUGUUUUGGCCGGCCUUGUUCCGGAUAUGUCCAUACCUGACGGGCAAGAUCCGGGAUCUCAUUUGGAUGAGCGCAGGGCACGCUCCCCAGGCGCAAGGAAAUCUCUUGAUAUGCUUGGUGCCCCGAGAGACCGAUCUGUUACUCCUCUACGGGAAAGCGUACGAGCCACCCUGAUGCCAUUCUCGGUCGACGACAAUGGUAAAAUGUCUCCUAGAAUGAGCGGCGAGUUCAGCCGGCCAAGCAAGAGCCCUGGAAGACUAAGCCUCGAUGCUGGCUCCCUCGAGUACGGUCGUGCCAGCUUCGAUCGCGGCCGCCGCAGUCCUAGCACAGGCAGACUUGAUGUAGGCACAGACCGUCGCAGUGGUAGAUCGCCACUCGCACGUGUGCACGAUUCUCCAGAGUCACACAACCAGAUUGCCGAUAAUGCGACAGACUCUUCUGCUCCGCCUCUCUCGCCAAAGGCGGAGGCCCAGAUGUCAGCCAGUCAAAUCCUUACCAGAAGCGAUGUUUUUCACCAGCCUAGAGUCCAGAGAAUGGACACUGUCCCAUCAGUAUCAACAGACCCUACAAGACGAUCAUCAGAAAUAGAGACUACGCAGUCUAGCUCUCCAAAGCAAGAAGCGACACCCCCGAUCCCUAUCCGAACGAGGCCAGCGCCCAAGGAACGCGUAAUGUCCCAGGACUCCGACUAUUUCGAGGCCCGCAACGAGCACUCCCGAGAACGGACGUCCUCUCCAACCAUUCAGGAUCUGAUGAAAGUAGGCUCAUAUCCCUUGCAACGUGCUGGUGUGUUUGCUGGGUACCUCAAAAGCAAGUCGAACCGCAUGAGCAAGCUACUUGCCACAGAGUCCAUGUCUUAUCUCGAGAAGGUGUCCGGCAUGUGGGCUGGCAAUCGCAAGCAUUACGGAGCGAAUGAAACUAUCCUCUCCGAUGAUAGAGACGUCGAUCCCGAAGACGAGGAAGCCAACGUUGGCUUUGGCGACCGUUUCCGCAUGCACUUUGCUCUGCCACCCACAGAGAAGCUGCAGGCCACCUACUUCUGUUUCUUGCACCGCGUUCUACCUCUGUACGGCAAGAUCUACAUCAGUAAUAGGAAGUUUUGCUUCCGCAGCAUGCUUCCCGGCACCAAGACCAAGUUGAUCCUACCAUUGAAGGAUAUUGAAAACGUGGACAAGGAGAUCGGUUUCCGCUUUGGUUACCACGGGUUGGUCUUGGUCAUCCGUGGCUAUGAGGAGCUCUUCUUCGAGUUUGCGGGCGCAGAAAACAGAGAUGACUGCGCUGUGACCCUCCUUCAGAGUCUCGAGGCUGGGAAAUACAUGGAGGAUGACAGCACGAUCCUCAACCCUGAUGAAGACAGCGCAGCGCUUGCCAGGGACGAGCAUCGUCUGCUCCAGGAGGCUCGGAAGACCUCGACGCAGAUUGAGAAAGAGAUCGAUGCCCCAGAUACGGACGAAACGGUCUACAAGCACGACGAACCUCCUCCGAUCUUGUUCGAUGACCCGCGUGUGUCUAUCAUUAAUUUUAAGCCGGUUUCGUCGUUGCGCGUUACGUGCUUGACCAUUGGCUCUCGCGGCGACGUCCAGCCGUACAUUGCGCUUUGCAAAGGUCUGCUAGCCGAUGGCCACCAGGUCCGGAUUGCCACUCACCGAGAAUUUCAAUCUUGGAUUGAAGGCCAUGGCAUUGAGUUCAAGCCCGUUGAAGGCGAUCCAGCUGAGCUGAUGCGUAUCUGCAUUGAGAAUGGUAUGUUUACCUACUCGUUCUUGCGCGAAGCUACAUUCAAGUUCCGUGGGUGGAUAGACGAUCUCCUGGUCUCUGCUUGGGAGGCUUGCAAGGGCUCUGAUUUGCUGAUCGAGUCUCCUUCCGCUAUGGCUGGCAUUCAUGUCGCUGAGGCACUCGGCAUUCCGUACUACCGUGCAUUCACCAUGCCGUGGACUCGCACUCGAGCAUAUCCCCACGCUUUUGCUGUGCCUGGCCACAAGUCGGGAGGCGCGUACAACUACUAUUCGUACGUCAUGUUCGACAACGUCUUCUGGAAGGCCAUCGCUGGUCAGGUGAACCGAUGGCGGAAGAAGGAGCUCGGCUUGCGCUCAACAUCGCUGGACAAGAUGCAGCCUAACAAGGUGCCGUUCCUGUACAAUUUUUCGCCAUCGGUGGUUCCACCUCCUCUUGACUACAGCGAUUGGGUGCAAGUGACCGGUUAUUGGUUCCUCGAUGAGGCCAGUGAUUGGACGCCACCGUCAGAUCUGGUGGCCUUUAUCGAGAAAGCUCGUGCCGACAACAAGAAGCUGGUAUACAUUGGCUUUGGAUCUAUCGUCGUCUCUGAUCCCGCUGGUCUUACCCGGACUGUCUGUGAUUCGGUUUUGAAGGCGGAUGUUCGUUGCAUUCUCGCCAAAGGCUGGUCUGAUCGGCUUGGUGAUCCUUCAGCAAUCAAGACCGAGCUGCCUCUUCCGCCCGAGAUUUUCCAGAUCAAGGCUGCACCACACGACUGGCUGUUCAGACAAAUGGACGCCGCGGUACAUCAUGGUGGUGCUGGCACAACAGGCGCUAGCUUGAGAGCUGGUAUCCCAACGAUCUGCAAGCCUUUCUUUGGGGACCAAUUCUUCUUUGGCUCUCGGGUUGAAGACCUAGGCGUCGGCAUUUGUCUCAAGAAAGUCAACGUGAGUCUGCUGUCGAGAGCUCUGUGGGAAGCAGUCAACUCUGAGCGGAUGAUUGUCAAGGCCAGGGCCGUGGGCGAACGGAUUCGAAAAGAAGACGGCGUCCAGACCGCCAUCCGCGCGAUCUAUCGUGAUCUAGACUACGCGAAGUCGCUCGUCAAGACUCGUGCCGACCUUCAAGGCCGCCCGGUGCCCCAAGACGACGAGGAGGAAGGCGAGAUCGAGGAGACUUGGACGUUCAUUGGUGAUGAGAGCGAUGUCGAUCUCCAGAGGAAAAUGCAGGAGCUAGACGUGGGAAGAACGGGCCGCGGGCCAAGAGUCAGCAUGGACCAGUUGCGAUCGGUACAGGGCGUCGAACCUGUGAGGUCGGAGGGUCGCAAGAGUGGGGUUUUCAGUCGCUCAUGA